UCUGCUCCAUGGGCCUUGUUCUCUGUGCAGGUACAACACCUGGUAAUCUUUUCAGCCCAGGGAUUGCUGUUUCCUGGGAGGUGAGGGGGGCCUGGGAGUACCUACAGAGCAUCAACAAAAGGUCAUCAAGGAAAACAGAUGUGUUGUUUUCUCAGACUACAAAGUGUUUCAGUCCAUUAUCAUGGCCUCUGCACAUGCUAAAACGUCUCAAGACUCUGAAUUCCAGGACACGAGCAAUGGUUGAAAUAGAAUACUAAACACAGGACAAGUUCAGUUGCUUCUUUUUUUCAGUAGUAAUUUUGAGUUAGUUUUCAGUUGAUAUUCUGUUGUUAAGUAUAUGCAACGGUUGUUAAUGAAGAGUUUUCUGCUCAGAAACAUUAAUUGAAAUGCAAGAAAUCUGCUGCAAAUUUCUGUUUUUGUAGGUUUAUAUGGUGAUCUGCUUGCACUGUGACGUCCUGCCUACCUGUGGGAGGAGCGUGGAGUAGAAACAAAGCUGAUGGACUGCAAGUUUUUAUGGCCGGGAUGCUGUAAUGAGGGCUGAGCUAUCUGAGAGUGGAAAAAUCCCAGCAGGUGCGUAUUGUGGUGGUGUGCUCCCCCCAUACAUGCACUUCUUCCUCCAGCUCCCUCCCUCGGCCCUUGCACAGGAGGGCUGUGAACAACAGCACUCAUAGCACUUGGGCUAAGACAGAUUCAUGGCCACAGACCUGUCUCAAACUGGGGGGCAGUUCAACAGCAGAGGGCCGGUUGGUAUGUGGCUAAAAUACAACGUAUGACCACGAAUCCGUCAUCUUGACUCCAUAAAUAUUGAAUGGCCCAAGAGUACCUGAGCUCUCCUGCAUGGCAGCAUGACAGGAUCUGCCCUGGAGCGGGGAUGCCCUGGAGGUUAUGCCUGCACAGAUCUUUUACACGUUGAUGCCAAGAUGCUUUGCCAACACAGAUCCUCAUGUAGUGUCACUGUUUCCAUCUGUGAUGUAUCCACAAAGAGGAGGCUCCAGACCUGCAGAAUACCCACCUGCACCUCCCUGCAUCCCUGCCUGUGUCACUGCUAUAGUACCUUGGAGCUGAUCCUUGGGUCACAGUUAUGUGUGACACCAGGAGAACCGGUGAUGUUCUGCCCCAGCUUAUCCAGGAAGGAAGAUGCCUCUACGUGAUCCUACUGAUGGCACUGUACUGGUGCACAGAGGCGCUGCCCCUGGCUGUGACAGCUCUGCUGCCCAUCGUCCUCUUUCCCUUCCUGGGCAUCCUCCCAUCUAACAAAGUUUGCCCACAGUAUUUUUUAGACACCAAUUUCCUCUUCCUCAGUGGUUUGAUCAUGGCAUCAGCCAUCGAGGAGUGGAAUUUACAUCGCAGGAUCGCACUCAGGGUGCUGAUGUGUGUGGGAGUGCAGCCAGCCAGACUAAUUUUAGGGAUGAUGUUGACAACGUCUUUCCUGUCUAUGUGGUUAAGUAACACUGCCUCCACUGCUAUGAUGCUUCCAAUUGCAAAUGCAAUUUUGAAAAGCCUCUUUGGGGAGAAAGACACAUCUAAGGAUAUGAUCAGGGAAAAUGAAGAAACACAAGCACCUUUACAGCAGAAUAAACUUUACACUGUACCAACUGAGAUGCAGUUUCUGGCAAGUACUGAGGACAAAGAUCUGGCGGAGGAGAAGGAAAUUACCAGUGACACUCUCUCAGACUUAAAGAAGGAGGAAGAGUACAAAACAAAUAUAUGGAAAGGCUUCCUCAUCUCCAUCCCGUAUGCAGCCAGCAUUGGGGGUACAGCAACGCUGACAGGAACUGCACCAAACCUCAUCCUCCUGGGACAGCUGAAGAGUUAUUUUCCAGAAUGUGAUGUGGUGAACUUUGGUUCUUGGUUUAUGUUUGCAUUUCCUUUAAUGCUGAUUUUUCUUCUCAUGGGAUGGCUAUGGAUCUCCAUCCUGUACGGAGGAAUUGAUCUGAGGGGCUGGAGAACAAAAAAGUCAAAUGUAAGAGUGGAUGCAGAAGCCCGAGCCAGAGAAGUGAUAAAGGAGGACUACCAGAAACUGGGCCCAACAAAGUUUGCGGAACAGGCAAUUUUCUUCCUCUUCUGCAUGUUUGCUAUCAUGCUUUUCUCCAGGGAUCCCAAAUUCAUUCCAGGCUGGGCCAGCUUGUUUGCACCAGGGUUUGUCUCCGAUGCAGUUACAGGAAUCACCAUUGUGAUCAUACUGUUCUUCUUCCCCUCACAAAAGCCUUCCCUUAGGUGGUGGUUUGACUUCAAAGCACCAAACACUGAGACACAGCCCUUGCUGACGUGGAGGAAGGCCCAGGAAACGGUGCCCUGGAACAUCAUCCUGCUGCUCGGAGGGGGCUUUGCCAUGGCAAAGGGCUGUGAGGAGUCUGGUCUGUCUGUCUGGAUAGGAGGCCGCCUGCACCCCCUGGAGGGCGUACCCCCACCCGUGGCUGUCAUCCUCAUCACGAUUGUCAUCGCCUUAUUCACAGAGUUUGCCAGCAAUACGGCCACUAUUAUCAUCUUCCUGCCUGUCCUGGCAGAGCUGGCCAUUCGUCUGAAAGUCAAUCCACUCUAUUUAAUGAUACCAGGAACAAUAGGAUGCUCCUACGCAUUCAUGCUGCCAGUCUCAACGCCUCCUAACUCGAUUGCAUUUUCUUCUGGACACUUGAUGGUCAAGGAUAUGGUGAGAACUGGGUUGCUCAUGAAUCUUAUGGGAGUUCUACUUCUUAGCUUGGCUAUGAACACGUGGGCCAAGAGUAUCUUCCAGCUGGGGACCUUCCCUGCAUGGGCUAACAUCCAUGCAGAAAAUGCCACAUCGCUCUUGCCAGCUGUAGAAAAUGUCACUUUAAGUGCACUAAAUAAAAUAUGAACAAAGCUACCCCAGGGGAAGGACUCACUCACUUAGGACUCGGGCACUGGAAUCGUCAGCAUAUGCACAGGAAGAAAGCCACAUGGCUGCCCACACUAUAUGAGACCCUUGGGUUUAAUUUUAUUUUUAGAAAUAGUGGUCAGUGUUGCAACAUCUAUUGGUUAUUUUCUCCGAAGGUCCUUUCCCCACCUUCCACAGGUACCUAUCAGAUACUCCCAGACAAUUUCAUCUGUCCAUCAUAGCUGGUUGUUACCUGGACAACCCCAUAAGCAUCGAGCAUCUUUGGGGAGAUGCCUCUCCCCCCAUGAAAGCUAGCGAGCUUUGCUACUCCACCUUCUGAUACCCUUCCUCAUUUUGGAGAGCAGCUCAGGAUGGAUUUAUGUGCAACCCAAUGUGAGUGAGUGUAUCAGAAUCUGGCCCAGGGAGAAGGCAACGUGGGCUUCUGGCAGGACCGUGGAGGCUGGGGGCUCUCUGUGGUCUCAUGAGUAAUUCUCUAAUGUAGGAUGAAGACUAUUUCUUCAGGCUUGUGCAUGAAAGGAUGAUUCAGGGGAUGUGUCAAUAGGAUUUGGUGUGUUACUCCAUGCUUUGGAAACAGGAAGGCAACCGUUUGUUUCCAAACAUGUCCAAUGGUUUGAAAACCUGGUUUUCAGCUGCUGCCUGGUUCUCAGCACUGAGUGCACAGAUGGAGGUUUGGGGCCAAAUUUGUUCCUGACAUAACUGUGUGGACAUCAGUGGUGUUUCAACUUUGGUGAAUGUGGCCAGUCUUAGGUUUGUGAGACUGACCCACUUGUGAGAGCCUGCUGAGGUCAGCGGGCAAGCUGCACUGCAGUAUCAUUGACAUUGCUGAAAAGUAGGCCUUGAUUCUUAACAUCUUUGUAUUUCUGAUUGCUUGGAUACUUUCAAUGAAAGCAUUGCAAAUUGACUGUGAUUUUAAUCACCAUUUUAUCCUUUGUAAAAAAAAAAAAUUCUCUAAGAAUCUAAAAAUAUUUAAAGAUCUGUCAUUGACAUAGAUGGAUGGAAAGAUAAAGGAUCUGAUUCCUGAUUUAGGGCAGGUUGGUGACUGGAUGGAUACUGGGCUCUGCUGGGUCCCUUUGAUGGUGUGAUCUUUGGAGCUGGCACAGUGGGAUCCAGCCCACCCCGCCUGCUCUUGUGCUGCUCAUGAAGCCUGGGGCCAGUUGGGGUCCACCUUAAGGCUGCACUCAGGCAGGGUCUUGGGACUGAACAGAAACCACCAACACCAACUGAAUGUAGAACUUUGAUCAGUCAUGUUCUGGAAAAAAAAAUCCUGAAUGUUCAACAGAAUCCUUACAUCUAACAAAGUCCUUAAUGAUCAUGGAAAAUGUACAAUAAAGCACAUUUGUUAGCACA